AUGCUCAGGGGCAAGACAAGAGACGAGCCACCUCAACAACUAGACGCUCAAGUUAUCGUGGACGUCACGUUGGCAAUGAACCAGGAGCCCGAUUGGCAGCUUCGUAGCAAAGUGUCCCUCGACGAUUUUACGCAGAUCGACGAGCGCGAGACGAUAAUGCCGCCAUUCUGCCACCACUCGAUUGAGGCCGAGGGUCAUUGUGGAUCAGACGUUAUCUUCAAAGACUUGGUCAUGAAUCACUCUUGGGCGAGCCCCUCGAAUAUUAAUGUGGCUGAUUUCCUCCGGCCCCGCCCUGUCGAAGAAGACAUCAAGGAAGAGGAUCUCAUAUUGCUCCCGCAGUGGGUUCAUGCUUUUGUGUUGCGAAGUCGCCAGUGGGUGACGCUGAAUACUGAAGACCUCUCAGAGGUGCAUUUCAGCAACAACUUCGACGAGCUUAUGUUCUCUCCGGAACAUAAAAAGACCAUAGCAGCCCUCGUCGAGACUCAUGAGAAUGCGAGGUCAGGUCCCGGGCAAGGUCAUCACUCGGUUGGACCCGCGCUAGACUUGGUGAAAGGUAAAGGAGCCGGGCUGAUAAUUCUCUUACACGGCGAACCAGGGGUUGGGAAGACAUCAACGGCCGAGUGCGUCGCCGAUAAGACCAAGAGGCCGCUAUUUCCCAUCACCUGUGGAGACAUCGGAGAGUCAGCCAUGGAAGUCGAGAAGAACUUGCAUCAUAAUUUCCACCUGGCGUACAAAUGGGGUUGCGUCCUCCUGCUCGAUGAAGCAGACGUCUUCCUUGCGAAACGGAACAAGACCGACCUCAGACGAAACGCUGUCACCAGUGUCUUCUUGCGCAGUCUGGAAUACUAUGCCGGCAUCCUAUUCUUGACAACCAACCGUGUGGGCAGCAUCGACCCAGCGUUUAAAUCUCGGAUCCAAUUGAGCUUGUAUUACCCACCGAUCGAUCUAGAGACAACCUUGAAGUUGUAUCAGGUCUUCUUAAAGCGUGCUCGGGACGAGCAGGAGCGAGUUGGAGUUACGCAAUUCAAGAUCAAGGAGAAGGGGAUUCUCAAGUUUGCCUCGAGUCACUACAAACGUCUUCGAAAAGAUGGUCUUAACACCUGGAAUGGAAGACAAAUACGGAACGCCUGCCAGACAGCCAUCGCCCUUGUGGAGCACGAGGCCGCCCACCUCAGUCCGGGUCAGCCGACACCUGUGUUAGGGAAGGCACAAUUUGAGACAGUAGCCAAGGGAUCAAAAGAAUUUGAUUGCUACUUGAAGAGAACUCUCCAGGGUGGAGAUGACGAGAUUGCUAUGAGGGACCAAUGGCGAAACGACAUCUACCAGGACGCUGAUGACACGCGGCCGUCCUCGCUUAAGCCAGCGCCUAAAGGGUCUUCUUCGCGCAACCCGAACCCGCCUGUGACCAGUUCAGAGAGUGAGGGUAGUGAUGACUCGGAGACCGAGGAUGAGGAUGAAGGUGGUGGCGAUGCAAAGCCGGCGGGUGAAGCAAGUGCCGCUCAGCUGGACACUGGAGACGUGGACGAAGGUGAGAUCACCGAGGCCGACUUCAAGAAGUUCAUGAAAUUCCAGGCUCUUAUGAGGGAGGGAAAGAAGAAAUAA